UUUCACUGAGGAUCGACUCGAAACGAAAAUAGGUGUUCGAAAGAAAACAUAGGCUCUCCUAAUACAUAAUCCGCUUUGCAAAUCAGUUUCGUUGGUGAUGUUGGCCGCCGGGAGAAAAGCUGUACAAACCAGUGCGUUCUACGCACCGCUGUUUUCGUCCCAAAUCAAACCCAGACCGUUUACCGUCAUCGCAUUGCGUCGGUUUGCCGUGUCUCCAGCCCGGAACGCUAGCGCAGGAGGGAGCAGCAAUGUUGGCUUGUGGAGGGCGGAACGCGUCCUGUCCGUGGCACUGCUCGGUGCUUUACCAGUCGGCCUUAUGUAUCCUUCAUAUGCCGGGGACACACUGAUUGCCGUAAGCAUCGUGAUGCAUCAGCACUGGGGCCUGGAAGCUAUUGUGACGGAUUACGUGCGACCGAUCCUGUUUGGAAAAACCGUGCCGAAGAUAGCGCACGGCUUGCUGCUCAUCUUAUCGGCGGCCACACUGGGUGGAUUGCUCCAUUUUAAUUACAAUGAUAUCGGCAUUGGGGCAUGUGUCAGGAAAUUGUGGAAGACGAAGGCAAUAGAACAUUAGAACAACAGACACUCACCUUAAAACGACGGCGGGUUGUUAAUUGCUGCAAAAUCGACCGAAAAAAAUCAUACUUUAGUAAAGGUUAUGUAAUUCUUAUUUAUGCAAAGAAAACGAAAAUAAAAAGAAGAAAAGUAGGGAAUAAUUGUCUUUU